UUUUCUAACUCCUCGUAGCAUUUAAAUUCCUUUUAAGGGAAAUGCUUCAAAGAUUUGGGAAUUUGUCCAAAGAAGUGCUCAACACAAUGAUCCAUAAAGCAGUAAAAGAAAAUUUUCCUCAAAAAUACAAAAUUAAAGAAAAACAGAAAUCUGCGAUAAUUACAGCAUUACAAGGAUAUGAUACUUUUAUUCAAAUGCCUACAGGCAGUGGGAAGAGUCUGUGUUAUCAACUUACUUCUUUAUUGGAUGGAGGUGUUACUAUUGUUUUUUCUCCUUUAUUGUCUUUAAUUAGAGAUCAAAUGGUGAAAUUGCAAGGAGUUGAUUACAACAUUCGCUGCAUUGGCUUUGAUGUAGACGAGAUUAAUAAAAUUUUACGAACAAAUUCUCAACCUGAUUUUAAUUUACUUUUUGUUACUCCAGAAAAGGCAGUAAAGAAUAGCUUGUUUAUGCCGUUACUUUAUAACUUGGAUAAAAGAAACUUGUUAGCCAGAUUUGUUUUUGAUGAGGCCCAUUGUGUUCACUCUUGGGGCAAUUCUUUUCGUCCAGAUUACCUUAAAUUGGCUGAAUUAAUAAAAAGGUUCAGACAAACUCAAGAACGUUCAAACUCCACAAAAAUACCAAUUAUGGCCCUAACUGCUUGUGAUUCUAGAGAUGAACGGGAGAAAAUAAAUAAAAUUCUUGGAAUGGACAAGGAGUGUAGUCGACAACUUUUAUUCAAAAGCAUAAAACAACGUAAAAAUCUUCAAUAUCAAGUUUUAGACAAAAGAAAAGUAAAUGUGGAAGAAUUAAUUAAUUAUUUUUUUGAAAAGUAUCCUUCUGGCGUUGGAAUAAUUUAUUGUUUGACAAGGUUAGAAUGUGUCAAAUUGGCAAAAUUAUUUGGAGAUUUGGCUCGCCCCUAUUAUGCCAAAAUGUCAGAAAAAAGAAGGCAAAUAAAUCAGGAUAAAUGGAUGAAUGGGAAAAUAAGACUUCUUUGUGCUACUACAGGUUUUUUCUUUUGA